AUACCUUCUCCCCAAAAACGGACUGGAGCACAGUUAUUGAGGACCAAAUAGAAAACAUCUGGUUUCUUGUUUCAGUAUUUUACACAGUGAACAUGGAGGUAUGAUGUAGUUAGUGUGGAUGUCCGGAGGAGGGCAGUAAUGAGCACCGAGCUAUGAACGUCGACAUCAUUUCGCUUGUCGAAGAACUGACACACGUUUGUUGACGUUAGCUGGCUAAAGCUAAAUGCUGUGACUCCUGUGGACCACAAACAACUGACAAUAAUGGAGCUGGUGUGGGAGGACCCUCCAGUCGCUGAGGCUCCUUUCUUUACCAGAGAUCUCUAUGAAAAAUAUUCCCUCGCACCUAACAUCAGAGAACUGUGGGCCUCUCUACAAAGUCCUGUAGAAAAUGCCAACACUAAACAAAGGGCUGUUAUUAGUGCUGAAAAACGUUUCAGGUCUUCCUCCAAAGAAGAAGCUGGAGAGUUCAAAGACAAUAGCUCCGUCAGCAAGGAAGAGUCGUGUUUGGACAGAAGUGAUGGCAAAGAUAUGUGUGUGGACGAUGGCUCAGAAUCCACGGAAGAAUCUAAGGACAGAAACUCAAAAGUAACACUCAAGCAGGCUGAGAAUGAGGUGGAUAAUGCUUAUCCUGAUCCCAGACUGCCUUACCCAUGCUUAUCCAGUCUGUCCAGCAAUCAGCAGAAAACAUAUCUUGACUGUUUGCUAAAUAAAAAAGGAAUGGCCCCUACUCAGAGCUUACAGGCACGAGUGAAUACUGAAGUGAUGGAAUUUACAAGGUACCUGCAGGAUGUGGCCAGAAUAUGUGCUGAUGACUACCACGUCAUUCCAGAGGGAGCCAUGCAAUAUUCACAGGAUUUCUUCAGGGACUGCUUGGAGUGCAUUAAGACAUAUCCUCAGCUCUACCAGAUCCAUGAGAUGACUAGUUUAACAGGGGGGACAUUUAACCCAGGGCUCAAACUGACCUUUGAAAAACAGCUGCUAAUCAUGGGCAAUGUGGAUAUUACAGACCACACGAUCGUGUCUGCUGAUGCACAGCUUGCAAGGGAUUAUCAGAGUGUUUCAUCAGAGAAUCCUCCAGCUAAAAAAGCUAAGGACAUGCACGCUACAGUCAGCAGUGAUAGUAACGCCAAGGCCCUAGGUGAUCGCUAUGAGCCUCACGUGUGUCUGACUCGAGAUGCUCUUGUAAGGCUGCUAGACAACCACGGCCCUGACUUUGGAGAGCAAUGGGAGCUGCCUGUCUGGGUAGAAUGUAACAAAAGGAAAGGCAGUGUUCAGGAGAAGACCGUGUACAUUGACUCUCCACUUUUGAAGACUGAAAUGACAGUGAGAGAAAGGAGUCACUUCUUUCAUGAGGAGAGUUUGAAACUUGCCUUUAACAAGAAUGGAAGUAAAAAUGUUUUUCAUUUAAUGACAGAGCUUCCUGUGAGUGAGCAGCAACUCUCAGCAGUCAAUUCAAAAAGGGAUUUGGUGUCAUUUGAAAAUUGCCUUGACUUCGACAUGGAUCUUACCGACCUGGAAACAUUUGGGGAGACCACACCUGGAAAAACCCCCAAGAUGCAAAAGAAACAGACCGACCAGGAUGCAUCUGUUAAAAGUAAACAAGCUUCAAUUUUGUCACCUUCAAGUAAGAAUGAAAGGUCAGCUGAGCUUGCUAGUGUAAACACUAGCAACAGUACACAAGAAGAGGAAAACACCUCUUUGGCAGAUAAGGAUGAUCCCACAACAGAGGAGACCGCUCAGCCAGUUUUGAGGGAAGUCCCUGGGCCAAAAACUGAAUCUAUGAGAGAGGAUUCUGCUCAAGAAAGUGAUGAAAACCCAGUUCUUGCAGAGGACUCAGAUGAUGAGAAGCUGGUCAUUGAUGACUCUCUUUCUUCAGCUGUAUCACCUGCAACACCAACAAAGUCUAAAACCUCUCAGAUUUCCAACGUCCCUGAGCCUGUACCUGCAAACUCAGAGUCCCCUCAAAAAGGUGGUAGGAUGACACGACAAAGCACAAAAGCGAAGGUAUCUGGUGACCAGCUGGGUGAGAUUCUGCGCAUGCAGACAGCUAUGUUCAACAAGGCUAAUGACACAGCCAAACACUCCACCACAUCCCAGGAGACGAACUCACCCACACGAUGUAUGGGAACCCCAGUUCACACACACCCAACUUCUCUGGUCAAGCCAUGUGUGACCUCUUACUUAGAGAGAAGCAAGAACCAGGAUGGAGCGACAUGCGCUGCUUCUAAGGACUCUUCACCAGAGAUCAACGUCACUGCAACAGGGCACAAAAAAUUACUGUCAGACGACCUGCAGGCUGGUGUGGAGGAUGAGAAAGACUACGAGCCUCCGGAGAAAGGCAGCCUGCUCUACAAGCUCUACAGUCUGCAGGAUUUGUUGCUCAUGGUACGCAGCUCUGUCCCGCUGACCCAUUCCAGGAAAGUGGGAAACAACCAAAACAAGUUUGUUCCAGUCCAUGUCCUGCCCAAGCUUGAGUACCAGUUAUGUUACGGUGUUGAGUGUCUAACCAGCAGUGAGGCUUGUCAGCUGUGGACUGAGACAGAGCUCCACUCCAGCACCGUCUCUUACAUAGCUCACAUCAAUGCGUUCACAUCAAAAGUAGCUCUGCUGAGAAAGCUGCCUGACGCCUGGAAACAGAACAUCUCGUGUGGGUUCAAGCCUGCCAAGUCACUGAAUAUACUGCACCACCUCCUGAAAAAGCUAACAGGGUUAAAGGAAGGCCAGUACCUGAUGGCACACGAGGCAGGUAAACCGUUUGUAACUGUCUUAAAAGUGGCUCCAAAGAAAAUGAGUCUGGGGGCUUACAACCUACAGCAGGUCCACAGUGAUGUCCCGCAGCCUCCCUCAUCAAGGGCACAAGCCACCGGCCUUGUGCCCUGGAUACCUGUUGAUCCAUCUGUGGUCCUUCCGUUCCACAAGAAGCACAGCCAUGUUCCCUGCACCUUCCCUUUAACGCCCAUUUUAAAGCCAGCGAAACGUCACUCAAACAGCCAUGGAGCUGGACAGUCCAACAACAACAACUCGACUACUGGAGGUAAAAAGAAGAAAAAACAGAAGAAUCGAGCGGCAAGGCAUAACAACUAUAUGAAAAAGCUAAUACAGAAGUCAGUUUAAAUCCAUGUAAGAGGACUAAGUCAUGUCAUUCAUAUCAUUUCACAUCGUGGUUGGUCAGUCAGAAGAGGAGCUGGAGCUGUAUUAGAAAUAAAGGAAAUGAGAAUAUGUUGUUCACUGGAAAUCUCCAUUACCUUGAAACAAAAGCCAAAGCACUUUAUUAUAAUUUCUUUAUUUUUGUUAAGGAAAGUUUUUUAUUUUGUUUGUAAUGUUCUGAAAAAAUCAACAAUAAACAGUUCAGAGCCUUUA